AGGCAGGGCGUCACCCGGCAUCUUCCACAGAAGCUUCCCGUGCACGCGCUUGGCUCGCCGCGCCAGCCAUGAUGCGCACCCUCGGAGCGCUGGCCACGGUGGCCACGCUGGCGACAGUGGCCACGCUGGCCGGGGAGCACGGAGCGGAGCUGGGCGCGGACCAUGCGUGGCACGUGGUCUCCUCGGGGGCCGUCCACGCACGAGAGUUCGCCUCCUCGCAGCUGCUGGCAGCCCAGCAGGCGUUCCCGGGCGCAGGGGCCGCGUGGCAGGAGGCGCGCACGCGCGCGGAGCACGCAGGGCAGGAGGCGCGGGCCCGCGCGGGGCACGCGUGGCGGGAGGCGCGGGCCCGCGCGGAGCACGCGGGGCAGGAGGCGCGGGCCCGCGCGGACCGCGCCUGGGGCUCUGCGGCCUCGGGGCUCCAGACGGUGUGGCGCUUCGUAUCUCCGGAGGCUGGCAGGGCGCUCCAAGCAGCGCGGGCGCUCGCCGCCGAGGUGCCCGGGUACUUCGAGGGCGACCGUCUGCAGGUGUGGUGGGAGCGAUGCCAUCACUCUGCGAUGUGGGCAGCCACAGCGUCCUGGGAGCGCCUGGCCGCCCGGGAGCCGCACGCGGCGCUGGUGGCUACGUGGGAGCGCUGCCAGGGCGGCGCGGCGCGGGCCACCGCGGCGUCCUGGGAGCGCCUGCCGCAGCGCUGGCAGGCGGCGCUGGUGGCUGCGUGGGAGCGCUGCCAGCGCGGCGCGGCGCGGGCCACCGCGGCGUCCUGGGAGCGCCUGCCGCAGCGCUGGCAGGCGGCGCUGGUGGCUGGCGCGGCGUGGGCCUCCGAGCGGCUGCCCGCCGGGGGCCAGCCCGCCGUGGUCGCGCUGGCGGGCGUGCUGGCUCUGUCCGCCCUGUGGGCCGCGCGCCCGCGCCGCGCGCUCGGCGGGGCAGCCGGCGCGCCGCCGGCGGGCGAGGCGGACGGCGCCCACGCCCAGGGGGCGUCCAGGGCGAAGCCGCAGCGGCGCUCGCGGGCAGACUCCCCGGGGCCCGCUGCGGCAGCCGUGGCUCCGCAGCAGGAUAACCAGACGAAAGUCGAUGCGGCGUCCAGCUCCAAGCCCGCGGCGGCGAAGCUGGAGGGCCAGGCUGUGGCCAGGAAGGUGGCGAUGGCGCCCACACCUUCGCGGAGACACUCCGCGCCGCAGCGCGCAGACUCGCCCGCGCCCUCGCUCCCGCCGACCAGCACCGAACUAUCCCUGCUUGCUGUGCUGAACCAUGGUUCGCACGAGGACUUGCUGUCCCUGAAGGGAAUCGGGGACAAAACGGCCAGGGCGAUCAUGAAGUACAGGGAGAAUGGCGAAAUUCAUAGGUUGGACGAGCUCGUGAAGUCGGGCACGGUGCACAGGUUCUCCAUCCAGACCCUCAUCCGCAGCGCGGCCUGAUGACGUCGCACCCACCCGCGCAGUCAGCGCGGCGCUCUCUGUGGGGGGCUUUGGAGGGGGGCUCGGGCUUGGGCGCUCACUGCGCUCUCUGGAUCUCUCGCGCCCUGCCUGCCCUGCGUGCGACCCGCGCGAGACCUGCGCACACGGGCGUGCGUGCGAGUUUUUCCGGGCCACGGCAUGGCGAGAGCAGGCUCCGACGGUUGCACCUGUGCCUUCUGCGUAUGCCUUGGCGGCACGGUGCGAUUCCUUUCGAGGUGUGUGACUUAACUGAGCUCUGCCUGCCCGCUCGCGACAAGCGCGGCCGCCAGCGCCUCCCUGCCUCGCUUGGGGGCUCCAGGCGGGCAACGCACGGCCCCCGCGCUACCUCGCUCAGCAAGGCAGCCGCAUGCAGCGUGGACUCUCUCCUUGUUCGUGUAGUCUGGUCUCUCGGCCGGAUCCUCCAUCAGAAUUCGAUGCUUGCAA